AUGUCGAGCUAUUUCUCUUCCUCGGGCUACGUUCUCCUACUUGUUUCCUCCAUCAUCGCAACCUUGACAGUUGCUCUGAGGUUCUGGGCGAGGAGGAUUCGAAAAAUUCGCCUGGAGCUGAACGAUUACCUUAUCGUGCUUGGGCUAGUCUUUGCACUGGCUGAGGUUAUCGUGGACAUUUAUGGUAGUCCUUCGUCUCUUACGCUGAAAAUGUAUUGGUCAGCAAACGACCCACACGUCCAAGAAAUAGACGCCGGAAACUACCAAGCAGCUUACUCCUUUUCUUCAUAUCACAUAUCCUCUGGGCAAUCGCCGUAA